UUCAUCAACAAAUUCUGGACCUAUUAAUAAUAUUAAUAAUAAUAAUAAUGGACAUUCAAAGACAUCUUCAAUUAGUACUAUAAAUGGAAAGAAUUCAACUUAUUCUCCAAGAAAUUCUUCUAGUAGUAAUAAUAUUAAUUUUAAUUUCCCUAGUCUGUCACCAUCAACAUUAUCAUCAUCAUCACCUGAUUUUACAUCCAUGCCAACUCCAGAAUUAAUUGGAUUAAUUUCAUUAAAAUCAUUAAAUUUUUAUCAAGUAAGUACAAAUGAUUUUGAAAAUAUAGUUCCUGAUAUUGUUUAUGUUGAAUCAUUAUUAAGAAUUAUUAAAUUUAAAAUUGGUAUAUAUCUUGGAGGUAAUGAAUCAAAGGGGAAUUUAUUAGAUAAUAUAGUUCGAUCUACUAAAUUAUCUUCAAAAUUAAAUUUAAUUGAUACAAAUUAUUUUACAAAAUCUGAUAUUUUAAUUAAUAUUGAUAAUAUAUUUAAAUUACAAUUAGUUGAUUUACCAAUUCUUGAUCAAUGUCGAAUUUAUUGUACAUUAGCAACUAUGUAUACAGAUUUAGGAAUGCUAAGAAAGAGAGCAUUUAUACUUCGAUUCUUAUUAGUUGCACUUUUACCAAAACUUGAACAAACAUUUUUAAAUGAAAAUCCUGAUAUUCAAAAUAAUCUUUCCCUUAUAACAGGAAUUAGAGAUGAAGUUCAAAGUAUUCGAGAUAUUUUUGAAUAUUUAUUUUUAAUUUAUGGAAUUAAUUUACAAUCAGAAAGUUCAGCUGAAGAUUCAUCAAAACAUUCAGAAAAGAGUUGGUUAUCUUUACAAAUUCAAGUUUUAAGAUUAUGUUUACAAAUUGCUGAAUCUAUGAAAGAUUAUCAAUUUUUAUUACAAUUAGGUACAAUUUUAUUAACAAGAUAUAGUCAUUGUUUACCACCUGAUGAUCAAAUUAAAUUGAAAAAUAAAAUUGAUUCAUUAAUUUAUUUAUCUAAUAGAAAUAAUUUAAAUUUAACUACUCCAUAUUGGGAUCCAUUUUUAGUUAGAAGAGUUCAAUUUAUUAAUCCUCGAGAUAAAGAUGAAAUAGUUCCAUUUCCUGAAUAUGACAAGAAUUCAUCUCAAAUUGGUGGAUUAGUUAGUGAAGUAAAAAUUAAUGGUAAUGGACAUUCUAAUAGUAAUGGUAAUGGUAAUGGUAAUGGAAAUGGAAAUGGAAAUUCUAAUACUAAUACUAAUACUAAUUCUUUCUUAUUUGAUCCUUAUAAUAAAGUUGAUGAAAAAUCAGUAUUCAAUAAAGAUAAAUUAUUAUUAAAAGAUGAAGUAUAUCAAUUGAAAGUUCACGUUCAAAAUCCCUUUGCAUUUGAAAUUGAACUUGUUGAUAUUGAAAUCAUUACUGAAUCUGAUUUUAAAGUUCAAACUUUAAAGAAUCAUAUUAGAUCAUAUUCUAAAGGGAUAAAUAAUAAAUCUAGAAGUGUAACUAAUACUAAUUUAAAGAAAAUCACUUCAUCAACAGCUUCUACAACUUCAGUAGUAGUACCUCCACCAUCAACUAUGUCGACUACUAAUUCUGCAUCAAAUAUAAUUCCUGCUAGUUUAACAGUUUCUGGUUCAUCAACUGAAAUAUUUUUAAUUGCCUUUAAACCAUUACAAGUAGGUGAUUUAAAGAUAAUUGGAUUUAAUAUUCAAGUUGGAACUUGUAGUCCGCAAUUAUUUAAAAUAAUUGAUCAAGAAUUAUUUAGUUCAUCAUUUAAAGUUAAAUCUAUUGGUAUAAAUGAGAAUUUAUUUGUUAAUAAUCAAAAACACAAUACUUUAGAAAUGGUUGAAACUAAUUUAAAGAACGGGAAUAUUAAUGACCGAUCAAGUGUAAGACAAUUAAAUCUUCAAGUUAUUCCACCUCAACCAUCAUUAUCAUUAACUAAACUGCUGAUUAGUAAUGGAUGGUUAAUGUUAUUAGAAGGAGAAAUAUAUAAAUUUUCAAUUACAUUAACUAAUCAUUCUGAAGUUUUAAUUAAUUAUUUAUCAUUUUCAUUUUGGGAUUCAUGUAUUGAACCAUUAAAUAAAAAAUUAUCUGGUAGUACUGGGAAUCAAUCAUUACCAGCAUCUGAUAUAUAUGAAAUUGAAUGGAAUUUAUUAAAAGUUAAACCAUUUAGAAUUUUAAAUAAAGAAGCAAUUAGUGAACAUCAUAGAACUAUUCAACCAGGUACAGAAAUUAAAAUUGAUUAUGAAGUUAUUGGUAAAAGAGGUAUGAAAGAACUGAAAUUAAUUCUUGAAUAUUCUCAUAAAAGAUCUGAUGAAUUAACUAAUAGUUUUAUUAAACAUAUUCAUGUUCCAUUAAAUUUAACUAUAUUAUCAUCAGUUGAUAUUGUUGGUUGUGAUAUAAUUCCAUUAUUUUCUUCAUCUUUACAAGGAUUUGAAGGAGAAUAUAUUAAUGAUGGUAAAGAAGAAAAUUUAAAGGAUGUAUUAAAAUUUAUAACUAAUAUAAUUGAUUCAAAUGAUAAAGAAAUUGGAGAUUAUUGUUUAUUUAUUUUAGAUGUUCGAAAUUUUUGGAAUGAAAAAUUAGCUUGUCAUUUUGAUUAUCAUAUAAGUUGUGAUGAAAAGUUUUCAGUUAAUGAAAUUAUUGAACCUGGUAAAACAUCUAGAUUAUUAAUUCCUAUUAAAAGAAUUGGAGUAGAUGUAGAUCUUACAAAAGAUAUUCCAUCUUUAAGAAAUAAACAAUUUAUUAAGAAUUAUUUAAUGUCAGAAGCUGAAGAUUUACAAAUGAAAGAAUUAUUUUGGUUAAGAUAUUAUAUCUUAGAAAGCUUACUGGGUUAUUGGGAAACUAUAGAUAAUAAACGUAAGGGUAAAAUUGAAUUAAGAACUAUUAGAUUAACUCCUAAAAUGGCUAAUGUACUUGAAUUUAGUAAAAUUCGUUUAUUAACAUCUAUUAUAGGAGAAAUUAAUAAAUCUACUGUUAAAAAGGAAAGUAGUCAUUAUUUAUUAAAAGUAGAUGAAUUUUAUACCCUUAAAACAAUUAUUACUAAUGAAGUUAAUCAUCAAAUUAAAGGAAUAUUAAGGCAUUUACCAAUCUCAAUGAAUUUAAUAACUCCUGGUAAUAAUAUUAAUUUAAUAAAGAGUCAAUUAUCUAUUGAUAAAAAGAUAUUAAUUAAUGGAGUAUUACAAAGAUCAAUACCUACACUUAAUUCAGGAGAUACUAUAGAAAUUGAGUUAAGCUUUUUAGUAUUAGAAAAGGGAGAAUAUGAAUGGGGGACAGUAUUAGAUGUUUUAAAUAAAGAAGGGUUACAAAUCGUUGGUCGUGAACCCAUCUACAUUACAGCAUCAUAAUAUUUUAUCAUCUACUAUUACAGUAGUUAUAUAUCGCAUUAAAGUAUUCGCAUACAAUAC